GUUAGCUUAUCGUGUGUCGGGUUCUGGCCGGUUUACUGUUGUUGAUAAACUAGGCUAGGUGUUAGUUGCACUUCGAGAGAAGAGGGUGUCGGGGUGUCAAGAUAGCAAUGUGUACGCACAGGCUGACGGAAUUAGUUGACGUUCCAGUACUGUGGCCCCUCACAUAGGGCUGAGUCGUCUCGCAUUCAGAAGCGUUUAGUUUUAGCAAUCUUUACCAAAUGCCGAUGACUGAAGCAUACCCGUUAGACUUGAAAUGUUGUUUGUGUGAGUGAGAUACAAAUGCUAAAAUUUACCAUAUCUUACCUUGACUAAAUCUAUGAACGCCUCCGGGCGGAUACGACCAGUCACCGCGUCCCAACAGUCGUUUGAUGGCCAUUGGUUUUUCUCUUUCAGUCUCGAAGAAGCAACAGCUAUUAAGAGCAACCUUUUUGUAACGGACGGUCUCGUGUCGAUGAAGCCGCUGUCAAGUUGGUGACUCAUAAUAGGACUCUAAAAAAAAAAAAGGAAUUGUCGCUAUUUUAGUUGUGUUUGUUAUCAGGGAAAUCAUCAAACCUGGUUGACACUGUUCUAGCGAAUAGGUCAAUAUUCGUACCGGAAAAAACUUCGACGAGGCUCUGGGGAAUCCACAGUAAAAGGUCUGUGAUGAGCAGUUAGUGUGACGCAAAUUAAAAUUAGAGAGUAUUUUGACAGUAAUAUAAUAACAUGUGGUCCGCUAUUUGUGCGACGGCUGGGUUUUUCUUGCUGGCGGCGAGGACACCUUUGAGUGUGUCUGCCAACUCCGGCGUUCCGGUACAGGAGCAGUGGGACAUAGACCACUUUUGCUUUCGCCGCUUAAACAAAACGCAUCAAGUUGGUUGCUCGUCAUCGAUAUCCGGUAACGUCGGGGUGAUUCACCUUAUCGAAAGUAAUGCUGAUGCCAAAUACGUAAUAGGCAAUGGGCCUUCCAAUAUGUACGUGCCGGUAAUAGCAGAUACCGAUCUGUCGGUACAACUGCUCGAUAAGUUUAUUGAAUCGAAACGCGUUGCUGGAGUGAUCAUAUUUCGGAACGGUAGCGCACCGACGAGUUUUUCACCAGACGACACCUGCCCUAAUCGCUACUCAAACUACCAUACUGACCAGCAAAGUUGCCAAUGGAAUAAACAUCCGGAUAAUAAGAUGACUAGUGCAUUUUUCCGUGACUAUCCCUUCCCAAUGUUCUAUGUCAAGAACGGUACGAUUAUUGGCAAACUUCGAGAUUGUUUUAACAAGUUCAACCGUCAGGUCAGUAACUACACGACCUUCGAAAAGCGAAAAUGCGCUGUUAAACUCUAUUCGCCGAUGAAUGCGGCCGUCGACACGGUGACUUGUCUACGACGAUCCCGACUGUCUGUCGUCAUAACGGCUCCAAAAGGCUUUUGCGAUCCUCUUGGAGACAACAAUGUUGUGACAAUCGUGCCCGCUAAUCGUUCUCCAGAGGAAAAGGGUUCCUUUGCCAAUAAGACGAUGAUCUUGGUUGCCCGAAUGGAUACGUUCUCUAUGUUCGAUAAUUUUGCUCCAGGUGCCGAUACAGCUGUCACUGGUAUUGUAUCAAUAAUAGCUGCGGCCGAUGCCAUCUCAAAAAUGUCUUCAAAAGUACCUCUCAAAUAUAAUAUACUUUUUGCUCUUUUCAACGGCGAAGCUUUUGACUAUAUAGGAUCGUCGCGUUUUGUUUAUGACCUCAUCAAAGGAAAGGCGCCAUAUAAUAUGACUGACAAAAAUAUCUUGUCUCUGAUCGAAUUUAAUCAACUUAUUCCUGAGAACAAGGAUAAGCCGGAGUGGUUCGCUUAUGUGGAUAAUCAGCAAUAUCAGGAUAACAAUGCAACAAAAGAAACGCUUGAUAAAAUUAUGGGCGGACUCAAAAUUAACAAUGUAACAAAGGGAGCCCUUCCACCAGCGUCUGCGCAUAGCUUUUUACGGCUUCUGAGCUCUUCACCCAGCGUGGUGAUCACGAAUCAUAGAGACCGCUAUGUCAAUAAGUACUAUAACUCCUUCUUUGACGACGAUCCUCAUCGCGUUCAAAAUCUAACUGAACUUGCCAAAAACCUCCGUGUCAUUGUUGAGAAAGCUUCAAAUACGAUAUUUCGCCUUGCCGGAUCCAACAAUGACGAAUCGGUUAAGGUAAACCAAACACUAAUUGAGGAUCUGCUUGAGUGCUUCCUCGUUAACGCGUCAUGCUCGCUGUUUCGCAGUGUCGUUAAUGAACAAUCCAAGGUUCUCUUACGCAAGGAGCCACUUCAGUUAUAUGUUGGCGUUGGCGGAGUACAUAUACAGACACAAAUAGCCUAUCUUGUAUUGGCUUCAGUUUCCGGAGAGGUUGUCGAGAACAUCACAGACAUGAAGUCAUGCAAACUCAAGAAGGACGGUUCUGAGUGGUCGUUUGAGUGGAUGUUCGGCCCGGCGCCGACUAAGGAACAGCCAGGAAUAUGUGUACGCCAUAGGGUCUUAUUGCAAGCCGCAGUAAGCCCCUACUUCGAGAACCCUGACAACGACGAUGAAAACGAUUAUGCGAAAUAUUCCACUUGGACUGAAUCGGUGUGGUCGGCUUCUCGUUUAGAGUUGUUCGUGCAGGCUUCGAGACGUUGUGAACUUGUGGCGAUAUUGAGCGGAAUAGUAAUACUCGUCGUUAGCAGCGUCCUCACAUUUCUCGUCUACCGCCAAGCGGAUGUUAUCUUUGAGCAGGCAUCACCUGUCGCGUGCUAAUGGACAUCGAAUGAUUGACUACGAACCUGCAAUGAAAACAAGCUCAAGCAUGAAACACCUCCACCGAAUCUGUUUGUUCCUAUACUUCUGAAUUUUUCAAAUCUGUGAAAGAGUAUUAAUUGGAAUGAGAAUUUACAUUUCUUCUCUCGUUAUCUCGACGACUGUUGAAGAGCGAUUUUGUCAUUUAUAUGGCAGUAGUUUAUCGCGCAAGCGUGCCUAAAAUACUAAUUUGCGUGCUUCGAAUUCUUACAAUGCGAACAUUCUAAGAUAUCGCCGAAAAAUGAAAGCAUUAGGGUUAUCGUUUGCGGCGAAUAGAAUACAUGGCGCCCAAUAGAUUUAUCGAUAGUUGGUGGAGUGCGUGCUGUUAUGGGCGCCAGCAACCUGCACUUUAUGAUGUAAAUGCUAAUGUAAGAACUGUAUAUAUGAACCAUGAAUAUAUAGACAACAAAAAAUAAAACGAAAAUUAUUUGUAGCAAAUCUCCCGCUGUAUUACAACUGACGCUGGUGGCGGUUGAGAUAAUGAUAGCGUAAGGAUUUGUAUAUUUUUUCAUAGAGGAGUAGGAAGAGAAUUCGGGAACGCGGUAAAGGGAGGAAAGCAAACGAAGCUACGUUAAACAGUGUUACUUGUUGCCGAUCUAUGUAAAGGCAAUGUAUGACAUCAAACAAGUAAAUAUAAGUCUAUUGAAGAAAUUGAGUCACAAACACAUAAGCAUGUGAUAGUUUUCAUUUCUUCCCUAGAUAAUAUUAUGCAAGAGACCUACUUCUGAUACAAACGACAACAAAAUGUAUGAACAGGGUGUCCGAAAAUAAGAGCGGGUGUUAUUCAAUGAUUUGUUAAAAACAGAAAAGGAAAAGCGAGCAGAAUUGAGUGGUCAUCGACUCCAAGAGUUAAAAAUUGCCUACGAGUGGGCUAAAUGCCAGCAAACUUGUAUGAGACAGCAAGUCUAACGUGUGAUUGAAAUGGGUUGCAACUGUUCCUUCCUAUAUGAGAUGCUUUAAGCAAAGAAUGUUAAUAAACUUCAGUAAUUAAUUUGGUUCAAAACUUGCUCCACUUUUUAGUUUAUAAAUUAGCUAUCCAGAUGUUACUGUGAGCUGUAAUAAAAGAGGAAUAAAGGUUCUCGGAUAUCGGCGUGUGGUGCCCAACAGAAGUCUGCCAAUAUACGAUUAUUGAAAUAGACAUUAGGUUAUCAAAACAUACCAAAACGACUUUUAUCUAACUGUUUAUUUUGAAUUGAACUUGGAUAAAAAAAAAUGUGCAUACGCUCCUAUUUAAAGAGAUACCUUUAUUUCACCAGGAUCACUGCUUAAAAUCUCGCCAACGACACACAUAUUACAGAGUUUGUUUGAAUAAGAGUCUUUAAGGCGACAACGUUGUGUAAUUUCCUAACUAAAUAAUGCUCUAAAUAAAACCAAAACUGUUAACAGUAGGUAUAGUGUAUAUGAUGAAAUUGACGAUCAAUAAAUGGUAACUGAUGUAAUUUCCAAUGGGCAACUCCGGCGUGGAGGGUUGAUGAAAGACAGUAUUAGGAUUAAGAAGCUAUUUCUUAUUUUGAACGUUUGUCAAAAAACGUGGUUGGCUGUUUAAUGUUUCGAAACUAAAUCUUAUUUAAAUUUUUCCCCGAACUUAACCUUAUUAGUAGAUAAACCAAAUAGAACACAAAUGUGACAUGUUUUAAAAUGAUAUUUGCAAAAUAAUGAAAAUUCUAAUUUUUUUUCAGAUUCCUUUCUAUAAUCUUAGUUACAAUUCAUUUGGAAAAACAUUUGGUGCGCAUCAUGGAAUAGUUUAGCUAAAAGAAAAUAUGUCUGUAACUACAGGUGUGUCCGAAAAUGAACAGAGCGAUUGAAGGUUUUUGGUAACUGGACAUGAAAAUACACGCAAAUUUAGUAAGAUUAUAGCUGUUUGUGACGAUUAUUAGACUAUCUUUGUAGUAGUGGUCGCUAACUGAAGUAAACGUAUUUUUGAUACAGUAACUUAUGUGAAAUCAUUUCUGCUAAUAUAAUGUUAUAGCUCGUCUCAUAUUGUCUUUGAUGUCGGCUGUAUGUACUUCUUUAUUUUUUUCACCUGUACACAUAUUCCAUUAGAAGAGAACCUUUUAUCGAUUUUGGGUCUGUUGAAGAUCAAUCAAUUAUACAUUCAUCUGAUUGAAUCCAGAACGGUUUUUUUCGUUGCAUCGAUGAUCAACAUUAUCGAUAUCGACGUACGCAAAAUAAUAUUUCAUGCAAAAGCUUGGUCGCGGUUACCAGAGGCUAGAGUCUGUAAAGCAUUUAGCGAUAUGCCUUAAACCGAUACUGUAAAAGAAAAAAAAUGAUCGAAGGAGAAACUUACAUAAUUUCAGUUUUUGCAGUUUUUACUCGAAGCGGUUUGAUGGGUCGUCAGUUUGAAAUAGUUCCCAUACAAAAAAUCUCGAAAUAAAUCAUAACGAAUAAAACACUCAAAAUAGAAUUGCGAGGUAGUCCCAUUUUGACUUACCUAAGUUGGCGUACACAGCGCGGGUGAUAAAACCAGGUAACUAAGGAAUAUUUACCACGAACGUCAGAGUUAUCCACACACUCGGCCUAUCAGGUUGUUAAAUUUCGCGAUCAGUACUAUGAAAAAAUCCACACGUGAAAUAACUAUAAUCAUGAAUAUAAUCACAAUAGUUGUAAAGUCAUGGUUUAGUCGAAGGUAAAUUCCCAGACUAUAUUAGUAGUAUUUUAUUACUUGCAUAUAAAAAAAAAUAUGUUGAACUGAAGUAAUUAUUACUGAAGAUUAAAAAAAAAAAAAGGAAAAACAAGAGUGAAUUUUCAUCAACAAUGCCAGUUUCGCGUUCUCUCUUUAUUCAAUUGGUAUGCAGCACACAUCGUUUUGUUGGAAUCCCUAUCUACAUGCGGCAUAGCGUUGAAAAGUGUCGGUGUUGUUGUACAUGAUGAAUUCCGUUGUUUGUUGUAAUUCUUAUUCAAUUUGGAAAAUAUAUUCAUCAGCUAUCAUAGCCAGAAUUUUCCUAAAGCUCGCUUCUCCCUCAACUUCGACUAGACAAUAUCAAAUGACCAUAACUGCACUACGUUCUAAUAGUAAUAAUUAUCAUCGUCACCAUCGUACAGAAGAAGCAUUUAUAGUACAGCGAUAACUGAAACGGAGGCAUCUCUCAUACUCCCCACGUCUCCCUAUAUCAGAGCAUUCAACCUAAACGCUUCGACCAAAAAUAGUUUCCCAAUAAAGAUGACAAUUACAUUCUCAUUAGGUUAACAGGUGGCAAAGAAAGUCUUCACAAAGAAGGUUCGUGCAGGUCGCAAUAGGUUUUGCAAACUGUUUCGAAACGGUCUAAAAUUGCGGUUUUAUG